AUGUCAGCGGGGGCGUUAAAUUUUUCGAAUGAAGGGGAAAAGGCCUUUGAGAGUGGCGACAAGGUGAGUGCCGAGUUCUUUGCGAUCACGUAUGGUGCGUUGGUGCAGCAGAUGGUUGCCGACCUGGUGCAGGAGGAAGAUGUGGAGGUGGUCAACCAGCAGUUGGACGCAAUGGGCCGCCGUAUUGGAUCACGGCUUAUUGAGGAGUACAGCGUGCGAAGUGGCGUUCCCGCGUGUCGAACGUUUGCGCAGGCGGCGGACGCUGUUGCGUUGGUAGGGCUGCGCAUGUUUCUCAACGUCACAGCGACAGUAGAGCCAUUGCGGGAGGUGGGCACGGAUGCCUUUUCCAUUAAAUUUGCCGAGAAUCCGCUGGCGCUCUUCGUGGAGCUGCCCGAAGGCCCCUUGCGGGAGCGGCUGUGGUAUUCGAAUGUCAUCUGCGGUGUCGUUGUGGGGGCGCUCGGGAUGGUUGGCUUUUUGGCGGAGGCGACGUUUGCGCGCGACAUGUUGCGUGGGGACGCAAUUAACGAAAUUUUGCUCUGCUUCAAGGGCAGAGAAAAGGAGACGUUUCAGAUUGAGCGGUAG